AUGUCUUUCCCACAAAGAUUAUCAAAAGCCGUGCUCGAUAAGCAUUUUGGGAAAUAUUCUGAGACUCUUAAGAAGGUAUAUGCUACCAUUCCUUUUUCUGAUCUUGUAAUUCAAAUGCCUCAAUUUUCCAAAUUUGUGAAAGGAAUUCUAGAUCAUAAUCCUAAUGAUAAGGAAUUAGAAAAGUGUGGUUUGAAAAAACUUAAACCUUCCCCCAUAUCUCUUCAAAUGGCUGAUAGGAGUGUUAGACUCCCUAAUGGUGUAGUUGAAGAUGUAUUAGUUGGGAUUGGUGAACUUGUUUUUCCUGUUGACGUUUUUGUAGUGGAUAUGAAAGAAGACCAUAUAAUCCCACUUAUCUUUGGCCUCCCUUUUCUUGCUACAAGUCAAGCUUUAAUAAAUGUUCCUAAAGGACAAGUGACCAUUAGAGCUUAG